CAGUGGACCUGCGCUCAAGACUCCUCACCAAUGACGAGAAAACAGUGAUUUACAUAGACCAGACUCUAUCAGAAUCAUCAUAAAAGGUUUUCAGGGAAAGGAUUGUCCUGGUCAUCUGAUGAACGACGGGGCAGAGGUGUUUCUUUUCUUACAGAGUUUUGUUCUUCGUAAAUGAAGUUUUCUCCCGUAGUUUUGUGAGAAUGCAGGAGUCGGUGCUUCUCAAUUUCUUCACCAAAUACUGCGUCGUGCUCGUGUGCCUCUGUGGGGUUCACCUCGUCGUUGCACUGUUUUUUUAUUUAACAGAAUCGCCCAUAAAAUUUACCAAUUACCGGAAAAUUAAAUUAGACCCCGAUAUAUUUAGUUCUCAAUCUCAUAGAACAGCAGCACUUGGCAUCCAUGACAAUGGAACAGAGGCAGAAGUAAACAAACUGCUCUAUGGAGAUGUCAUUAAAGAUGACGUAGAUGAGGAACCACUAGAACCAUGUCCUGAGACCUCACCACUUUUGGUGGGUCCAAUGCGAGUUGACUUUUCAGAGCCUGUUAAUUUGGAUAUGGUGCGUGAAGAAAAUCCACAGCUGGAGAUGGGUGGCAGGUAUAAACCUAGUGAUUGUGUGGCUCUACAAAAAGUGGCAAUAAUCAUCCCAUUCAGAAACAGAGGUGAACAUCUGAAGUACUGGCUCCACUACCUUCACCCUAUCCUAAAGAGGCAACAGCUCGAUUAUGGGAUUUAUGUCAUUCAACAGGAUGGAGAGGGGACAUUCAACAGGGCGAAACUGCUCAAUGUGGGUUACGUAGAGGCACUAAAGGAGUAUGAUUAUGACUGUUUCAUCUUCAGUGAUGUAGACAUCAUCCCCAUGGAUGAUCGCAACACCUACAAGUGCUCCAGCCAGCCGCGCCACCUCUCUGUGUCCAUGGACAAGUUUGGUUUUAGGUUGCCAUAUAAACAGUAUUUUGGAGGUGUUUCAGCAAUGAGUAAAGAGCAGUUUCAAAAGAUCAAUGGCUUUCCCAAUAACUACUGGGGCUGGGGAGGAGAAGACGAUGACAUCUUUAACAGGCUUGUAUUUCGAGGCAUGAAAAUAUCAAGGCCGAGCGGAGACAUCGGUAAAUGUAGAAUGAUUCGUCACUCAAGAGACAAGAAAAAUGAGCCAAACCCACAGAGAUUUAAGAGAAUUGCUCACACACGACAGACAAUGAAUACGGAUGGCAUCAAGUCACUCAGUUACAAAGUGGUAGAUAUAGAUAUAGACCUGCUCUACACCCAAAUCACAGUGGAUAUCGGCAAGCCAUGAAGACUCUAGAGCUCACAAAAAACGGUUAGCUCACUGCAACCUUUCAGAGAUCUUUAAACUGCACAUCUGACUCUGAAUCGGUUCAACCUCGUGAACAACAAAGAAAAUACUGUUGGAAAAACUACGUCUGAAUGAAAGAGACAUUCUUCUGAAGGGCACACUAAGUGAAAGAACAAGUGAAUUGUAAUUUUUUACAUUAUAUGCCUGUUAAUUGUCUGUUUCAGACCUUAAUGAACAUUAUUUUUUGUAAAGCUUCCAUGCAAAGCAGCCUCUAAAAAAUUAUGUUUCAGGGAACAACUGACUACUGUGUACUCCAGUUCAAACCUGCACACUCAAACAAAACACUUUACAGAGUUUUUAAGAGAAGACAGUUCAAUAAGUAGACUGACUUUACAUUAGUGCCCUGUGGUAAAUACUCAGGCUCUGAGUAUUAUUAAAGGAAUAGUUCACCCAAAAAAUUAUAAUUCCGCCAUUUACUCACCCCUAUGUUGUCACGAACCUGUACGAGUUUCUUCUGUUGAACAAAAAAUAAGUUAUUUUAAAGAAUGUUGGUAACCCAAUAUUUGAUCAAAUAUUUGGUUACCAUUAUUCUUUAAAAUAACUGAUUUUUUGUUCAACAGAGGAAACCAAUUAAGGGAGAGUAAAUGAUAAUUUCAAUGGAAAAAAAAUAAAUAUUUAAAUACAAAAUAUUGUUUUACAAUAUCACUAUACACUCAUGUGAAGUGUUGUUUUUCUAAUAGAACAUCAUUUUGAUUGGUGGAGGUUUAGUGUUUUGUUUCAUUUGGCAAUGAAAAAUGUUUCACACUUAGCCAGUGGGACCCACUGAAUAUUGAGUGAAAAUAUUUUGAGAUAUUAUUUGGUGUGGGGGUUGGGGGGAAUAGCUGUAGCUAAAUAAAUAAACAAAUAAAGAACUAUUUGAGGCUGUUUUUAUCUUUACGACUAUGCAAAAGAACUGAAAAGGCAAGGGCCACUGCUGAUGAGAGUAUUGAUACUCAUGUUGGUAAAUAUUUAGAGGUUCUUGUUGUUUCUUAUGAUCAGCUGCCUUGAAAAGUAAUUGUGAAAUAUUAUUGAAAGUUACAAUAAAUGUUUUUUUCUUUUUCAUUUGAA